CGAGCAGAAGAAGAAUGCGUAUUAAAGGAAUGAGCGACUUAUUAAAAAAACGGAAGAACAGGGCCGGUCCCAGCUAUAAGAUGUCAAAACUUUCCUCUUAUUUUUUUCUGCAGAUUAUUCACACCUAACUUUUUUUCACCUGGCGAUGGUGUUCGGCGUUUACCCUGCACAACUCGACUCGCCUGGUCUUCCCGAUCCUUAAGGUCAAACCCACCUUCUACGGACGUGUGUAAAACGGGCGCUAUUCGGACCUUCCUUGUUGAAGGCGGACCCAAGGAUGAACUUGUCCGCUCCGCCGAACGAUACCUUCGCCACCUCCUGGAAGCCAGAGUCCAUCCUCAUUCCGUUGGUGUUCUCACUUAUCUUCUUGGUAGGGACGGUCGGAAACAGUUUGGUCCUUGCAGUGGUCUUCCGAAAUGGCCAAAUGAAUAACAAUACUACGAAUCUGUUCAUUCUGAACCUGGGAGUGGCCGACCUGAGCUUCAUUGUCUUUUGCGUUCCGAUUCAGGCCACCAUCUACACAAUGUCCGAGUGGGUGUUCGGUCCAUUCUUGUGCAAGGCGGUGCACUUCUUCAUUUAUCUGACCAUGUAUGCCAGCAUCUUCACGCUGUCCACCGUGUCCCUGGAUAGAUACCUUGCCAUCCGGUAUCCCCUCAGAUCAAGGGAGUUACGGACCCCGAGGAACGCCCUCACCUCCAUCUGCUUCAUCUGGGGAUUGUCGCUCAUCUUUUCUGGACCUUACCUCAGCUAUUACAAACAAAUGGACCUGAAUGGGACUGUCGUGUGCGUUCCCGUGUGGGGUCCGCCACAGCGCAAAGUCAUGGACAGCUGCACAUUUGUCUUCGGGUAUCUCAUCCCCGUUCUCAUUCUCGGCCUCACAUACGCCCGCACCAUCCGCUAUCUGUGGACGGCGGUGGAUCCCUUGGAGGACAUGUCAGACUCCAAGAGAGCGAAGCGCAAGGUGACCAAGAUGAUCAUCAUCGUGGCGGUGCUGUUCUGCCUCUGCUGGCUGCCCCACCACGUGAUAAACCUGUGGCUCUGGUAUGGCUACUUCCCUCUCAAUCAGGCCACUUACGUUUUCCGCAUCCUCUCCCACCUGGUGUCCUACGCCAACUCCUGCCUGAACCCCAUCGUGUACGCCCUGGUGUCUAAGCACUUCCGCAAAGGUUUCAAGAAAGUCUUUAGCUGCCUUCUAAGCAAGAAGGUGGCCAAUAAAGUCCAUGUGGUGCAAGCAGCUCACACGGUGAGUACUUUGGAAGCUGGGUCCACAGAAGUGUCCCACACCAGCGAGCUCCAACCGAGGACCUCCACCUUGGCUCAGGGGCUUGCACGACACUGGGUUAAGGGACAGCAAAAGGGACACAGGGGACAAUCUUCAAACACCUUCAUUACCUUUAGUGUGACUUAGCUGCUGUUGGGAUGUCUCCUUGAAGA